CUGGUUAGAAGGGCUGCCACAGCACUAGCCACCUGCCCCACAGUCCUCUGCACUUAGCGACGAGCAUAUGUACGACCACCGACAAGACCACGCCUUCUCCUACGACAUAUUUUCGCUUGCGAUAAGAUUAGCACAAGCAAGGGCUUUGCGGAGGAUGCAGCAAAGAUGACGUCAUUCCCAAAAUUCCAUCGGCAUAAACAUACCCCAAGCGAGUGCCGGGAGGACACCUGCAACCCGUUAACCCCGCGUUAUAACCCAUGUCCAUCCCCAUCGCACCCGUCCUUUCGGCAACCCUCUACCGAGCCUGCGAGUGCAACUUUAAGAUGGCCACGACCCGGUAUCUGGGACCUGCAGCUGCAGGUCCCAUGAACUUGCGCCAUCAUGAAGCGUGCUCUGCUGCUCGUUUGGGCUUCCCUCCUCCGCCUCCUCCCACGCGCCAACGCAGCAACAGCGUCAAACCCUUGGGACCCCUUUAUCUCUAGCCCAGCAGCUCGCCACGUCCAGCCAGUUGCCGUCCACGCUUCUUCCGGCCAUGUCACCAUCACAACCGCGGAGCAUGGCCAUCCUCACCUCUCCAUGGCUCCUGGUGACCAGGUGAGCUUCGAUUUCGGCGUCGAGGUGGGUGGAUGGAUCAGUCUCAACGCCAAUGCCAGCGCUGGCACACCCCAAUUCUCACUGGCGUUUGCCGAAUCCCCGUCCUUCGUUAGGUCCAUAUCGGACGACACUGGAGCAGUCCCAACGCAGGACUAUGACAAGGCCUUGAACGUCAGCCUUCCACGGGGGCCCAACUUCUACGUCUUGCCAAGGGAGAGAUUCCGUGGAGGAUUCAGAUUCCUGACGAUCUGCGCAUUUGAGCCCGUCACUAUAUCAAAUGUCACUUGUGAGAUCGGGUUCGCUCCAGGCGUCGGGAACUUGCGCGACUACUCCGGCCACUUUUAUACUCCCGACGACAACUUCUUGGUACGAACGUGGUAUGCAGGUGCAUACACGGUCCAGACUAACAUCGCGCCUCAGGAUACCGGUCGCUUCUUGCCGCAGGUCAAACCAGGUUGGGCCUACAAUGCGUCCCUAGGUGUGGCUGCGCCUAUUCUCGUGGAUGGGGCAAAACGCGAUCGAGCAGUGUGGCCGGGCGACCUUGGAAUUCAAGGGACCACUGCCUUUCUCGCCUUCGGUGCAGAUGGAUUGGUGGCCUUCGGGAACUCUCUAGACACGUCGUUCUAUUACCAAAACAAGACCACUGGCAGGUUCCCUUUUGCAGGCCCGGACACAGCUUCCUUUCGCUCCGGGAGUCAGAGCGAUACUUAUCACGCCUGGACUUUGAUCGCUAUGUACAACUAUGCUAUCUACACGGGCGACUCUGCAUGGCUCGCGCUACAUUGGUCAAACAUCACCAGGGGAAUCGACUUUAUUCUCGCAGCUCUUGAUAACUCUCAUGGGCUGCAUAAUCAGACCGCACCAAAUGACUGGGGUCGCCAGGGUGGCGGUGGCUACAACAGUGCCCUCAAUGCGCUCGAUUACCAUGCCCUGGUCUCUUUCGCCGGGCUCCCAUCGACUUGGACAAGCAAUACUAUCCUUCUAUCUCAAGGCGCGCAAUGGGCCGCAGCUGCGGGCCGCCUUAAAAGCUCCUACAAUGCACUCCUCUGGUCUUCACAAGAUUCACUCUACCGUGACAAUCAAUCCACCAUCCUCACGCCUCAAGACGGCAACGCCCUCGCCCUCCUAUACAACCUCACCAAUUCGCCAGGUCAAGCAUCGUCCCUCAGCGCCGCUCUCACUCGGUUCUGGAGUCCAAUUGGCCCGAUAACGCCUGAACUACCAGAUACGAUAUCUCCGUUUGUCACGGGACUCGAAGUUCUCGCGCACUUCUCCGCAGCCCAACCUUCCCGCGCAAUCGAACUGAUGCGGCUCACCUGGUCCCACCUUCUGGACUCUCCGCUCAUGACCGGCAGCACCCUCGCCGAAGGCAUCACAGCAAACGGUAGUCUAUAUUAUCGCGGGAACGCAGGCUAUAAUCAUGAUGCGGCUUAUACGAGCUUAAGUCACGGCUGGAGUUCGGGACCUACGCAAGCACUCAGCUUCCGGGUUGCCGGACUGGAAAUAGUUGGGUGGCGGAAAUGGAGAUUCCGACCGUUUCCUGGGAGCUUGAAGACGGUGCAAUCGGGGUUCGACAGCCCCCUCGGGGCUUUUGAAGUGGCUUGGACCGUGUCGGGCAAUGCGAACGGGAGCUUCAACUUUGAGGCUACCUUGACCACUCCGAUAGGCACCACGGGAUUGGUGCAGCUGCCGUGGGUCUGCGAAGGCGUAUUUAUGAAUGGGGAGCUAGUCAAGGAGACUGUUACGCAAAGAGGAGGUCGACAGAAGUUGACGGCUGUCUCGUGCUUAUACUUCUAACAGCUUGAACUCUAGUAGCUAUGCUAGAGUAUUUAGCGUAUUUUUAAAAACUGGUAGCCAC